CACGCUAUACAAUCGCAUGACUGGAUAUCACCUGACAUGGGUUAGGUUAGUUGCAAUUUCAAGAUUUAAAUUAGCAAGGAAAGAAGUUAUCAAUAGUUACAAAAUGGCUUCUUAUUUAGAGAGUUCAAUUCAUAAAGGAUCAGAAUCAUUCUUUGACUUUUCUUGUUUCCCCUGUCAGGAAAAUGACAGAAACACGGAGGCUGAAUUUUACUGUGGGGACUGUUCUAAAUUUUACUGUAGCAAAUGUGUGGAGUAUCACAACUAUCUUUACAAGAAGCAUGAAAUUUUGGACAAGACAAACAUCAGCCAGUGGCCUGAGACUAAUGUGGGUGAACAAGAGAUUUGUCAGGAUCACAAGAAGGAAAAACUGACAGGAUUCUGUGAGGACCACAGUCAGCUGAUAUGUCAUGCCUGCCAUGUCCACACUCAUCAGUUAUGCAGUCAUGUGGUACUAAUAGCUGACAAGGUGAAAGACCUCAAUCAAAAAAGAGACUUAGAACAGUUGUCAGCAACUCUUGAUACACAACACCAGCAGUUGAUAAAGAAGAAACAUGACUUUGAGGAAAAUUUGCAGUCUCUUGAGAAAUCUUACAAGAAAAUUCUGGAAGAAAUCAAUGCUUUACGAAAGACUAUAAAUGACGCUUUGGAUCAACUGGAGAAAAAUACCAAGAAGGCUUUGGACACAUUGUUGGUCAAUGUGAAGACAUCUAUCAGAAAUGACAUUGAAAACUGCAAUAAGUCCAUAAAAAAUAUAUCAUGCUUACAAGAAAAUUUGCUGACAAGUAAAGACAAAAAAGAAGCACUGAGUUUUAUCAAAUACAGAAAAUGCCUUGACCAGUCCCUUAAGGUAGAAGCAUCUUUACAAGAUAUGACAGCAAAUAAUGAGAGGACACUAACCUUUAAUCCUGAUAGAACCAUCCAACAAACCCUGUCCGCUCUAUCUGGAUUGGGACAAAUACUGAGCACAGUUAAACAAUCACAACCCACUAAAAGGACAACACAGAACACAAAUACCAGACAGAAUACACCUAAAGCAUGCAGCCAGUCUGACCCUGGAAACCAAACAGCUUCAAGAUUAAAGGUAAACACAUCCAUUCCAGAAUCAAGUUCAUCUAGACACUAUAGCCCUGGAAACCAAAACAGUCAUCUGCCCAAGUCAGGCCUGGUAUCUGAUCCUGUAUCAAGCUCAUCACACCAGCUGGUCCAGGGACAUCAACCAGGUGCAGUAAGCAAACCUGAUCAAAUCAUAAAAGUGAAGAGUGGUAAGAAGUACAGUGUGAGGAUUGAGGGUGAUCAAGGCAUAUUCUACAUAACUGGUAUUUGUGAGACAGCUUCUGGAGAACUCCUCAUCACAGACUUUUACAACUGUAAUGUGAAGCUCCUGGAUCAGACCUACAACGUGGUGGCCCACUAUGACUUGCCUAGUACACCACGGUCCAUCUGCAGCAUUGACACCAGUCUGGUGGCAGUUACUGGUUACAACGAGGUCCAUGUUAUCAGAGUGACCAAUGAUCAGUUGAUAGAGGACAGGAUACUGAAGUUCCAACAUACAUGCUGUGGUAUUGCCCAUCAGCAUGGUAACCUGUACAUUACAGAUGGUACAGCUCUGUAUCUCUAUACUGUGGAUGGAAGACUGGUGAGGGAGAUGUUUAAGGAUACAUCAGUGACCUCCUGUGCAGUCAGUCCAGAUGGUGACAGGAUAUAUGUGACCAACCAGGACAGUGGCCAGCUGGUCACACUGUCCAGGGAUGGCACAGUGAUCUCCACCCUGAUUGUACCUGACCUGAGCUCCCCUAUAGGAGGACUACCUGGCCUACAUGUGACAGAUUCAGGACAAGUUCUGGUGUGUGGAUUCUAUUCAAACACAGUAGUCCAGGUGGUCAGAGAUGGAAGACAGAUACUGGCAGAGGUGGUCACAAAGAAUAAUGGUGUGAUUAGCCCUAUGUCUGUCUACUACAGUAAGCACACACGCUCAAUCAUUGUAGGAAUGCAGGACAAUGACAUUACAGUGUUUAAGGAACAGUGACUGUUGCAGAAGGAUGAGUUAUAAUCAUUUAUAAUAAUUUACACAUUCAUAUAUAUAGUUCUCAUUAUAAAACAGGUAAACUCUUUUAAUACAAGGGCUGUUUGUAAAACAUGCAUGCCCCCCAUAUGGGCUCUCCGUUGUAGUGACAGCCAUUGUGUGAAUAUGUUUUUUGUCACUGUGACCUUGACCUUUGACCUAGUGACCUGAAAAUCAAUAGGGGUCAUCUGCCAGUCAUGAUCAAUGUACCUAUGAAGUUUCAUGAUCCUAGCCAUAAGCGUUCUUGAGUGAUCAUCCGAAAACAAUUUUACUAUUUCGGGUCACCGUGACCUUGACCUUUGACCUAGUGACCUGAAAAUCAAUAGGAGUCAUCUGCGAGUCAUGAUCAAUCUACCUAUCAAGUUUCAUGAUCCUAGGAAUAAGCGUUCUUCAGUUAUCAUCCGGAAACCAUUUUACUAUUUCGGGUCACCGUGAACGUGACCUUUGACCUAGCGACCUCAAAAUCAAUAGUGGUCAUCUGCGAGUCAUGAUCAAUGUAUCUAUGAAGUUUCAUGAUCCUAGGCAUAAGCGUUCUUGAGUAAUCAUCCGGAAACCAUUUUACUAUUUCGGGUCACCAUAACCUUGACCUUGACCUUUAACCUAGUGACCUCAAAAUCAAUAGGGGUCAUCUGCGAGUCAUGAUUAAUGUACCUAUGAAGUUUCAUGAUCGUAGCCAUUAGCGUUCUUGAGUUAUCAUCCGGAGACCAUUGUCUUUUUCGGGUCACCGUGACCUUGACCUUUGACCUAGUGACCUGAAAAUCAAUAGGGGUCAUCUGCCAGCCAUUAUCAAUCUACCAACGAAGUUUCAUGAUCCUAGGCAUAAGCGUCCUUGAGUUAUCAUUCGGAAACCAUUUUACUAUUUCGGGUCACUGUGACCAUGACCUUUGACCUAGUGACCUGAAAAUCAAUAGGGGUCAUCUGAGAGUCAUGAUCAAUCUACCUAUUAAGUUUCAUGAUCUUAGGCCUAAGCGUUCUUGAGUAAGUAAGUAAGUAAGUAAGUUUAUUGUAAACAAAGGCCUCCGGCCCAUAAUACAUCAUGUUUACAAAAUAUAUAUAUACAGAUAA